AUCUGAGGGAAUCCAGAACAGCAGCGAAGCUGACAGAGGCAGACUAAAGCAUUGCUUCCUCCCUCCCUCUGUCUUUCUCCCUCUCUCUGUUUUUCUUGGUUCAAUCCACACUCAUUGAAACUUCAGUGUAGCCUUCCCCCUGUUCACCCCAGCCCAAGUUUAACUGUGUAAGGAAUGAUGCCUUUGCUUUGGACAGUUAUGCUUUUACUAAUGUUCCUGCAGCCUCUGGAGGCCAUGGUGAAGGAAAGUGCUGCCACCUCUUUUAUCCAAGGACCAUGCGUACCUUCCAGGAGGGAGCGACUGAUUGAAGAUGAGACUGUAAGGAGGCACUUCAUCUCAAAAAAUGCUCUGCUGGAAACACUUGGGGAGAUGAGCAGGUGGUCAGAGUCCAUUGGUAAUCACAGGAGGACAUUACUUUCGGAAGAGCCACUGAAGUGGAGAAGAACACGCAGGGGAACAGAAGAUGAAGACUCCAAGCCCAUUCAAAAGUACAUUCCAGGAGUAAAAGUGGAAUUUCCUCGGCCUAUCAAUCCUGCCAGCCUUCGGCCAACCAAGGCUCUGGUGCCUUCCAGCACGGAUCCAUUAGAGCAACGUCAAAGAAGCCCAGCUGUCCAUGGAGGCACAGAGCCCCACAACAAUGUAACAGUGGCAUCAGAAAAGCGCUCUCAGAUCCAAAAUCCUCUGUACCCAGUGACAGAGAGCUCCUACAGUGCCUAUGCUGUCAUGUUCCUGUCCCUCAUUGUCUUUGCUGUGGGUAUCAUUGGAAACCUCUCAGUGAUGUGUAUUGUCUGGCACAAUUACUACAUGAAAAGUGCCUGGAACUCCAUUUUGGCCAGUCUUGCCUUUUGGGACUUCCUCAUCCUCUUCUUCUGCCUGCCGGUGGUCAUCUUCAAUGAGAUCACCAAAAAGAGGCUGCUGGGGAGCAUUUCCUGCCGCAUUGUGCCCUUCAUGGAGGUGUCUUCCUUGGGGGUAACCACCUUCAGCCUCUGUGCCUUGGGCAUUGACAGGUUCCAUGCAGCCACCAGCCCUCAAGCCAAGCUGAGGCCUAUUGAACAUUGUCACUCCAUCAUUGCCAAACUGGCUGUUAUUUGGGUGGGCUCCAUGACCCUUUCUAUACCAGAGCUCCUCCUCUGGCAGCUGGCACAAGACACCUCACCUGUCUCUGGCAUGGUGACUGACUAUUGCACCAUGAAACCUUCACAGGACCUGCCUGAAUCCAUUUACUCUCUGGUCCUUACUUAUCAGAAUGCAAGAAUGUGGUGGUACUUUGGAUGCUACUUCUGUUUGCCUAUCCUCUUCACGGUCACCUGCCAACUGGUCACCAGAAGGAUCAGCACCACAGAGAAGACUGACUGCCGUGGUGCAAAGCACGGUCAGUGUGAGAGCCAACUCAACUGCACAGUGAUUGGACUGACAGUAAUCUACGGCCUCUGCGCAAUUCCUGAAAACGUCAGCAACAUUGUGGUGGCCUACCUGUCCCCUGACCUGACUAAGCAGACCUUGGACCUGCUGACCCUUGUCAACCAGUUCUUCUUGUUUUUCAAGAGUUCAGUCACUCCAGUGCUGCUGCUGUGCCUCUGCAAACCACUGGGCCAGGCUUUCAUGGACUGCUGCUGCUGCUGUUGUGAGGAGUGUGGUCAGGAAGCUGCCUCCAGCAAUGGUGGCUCUGAUGGCAAGAUGAAAACUGAGAUGUCGUCCUCCAUCUUCUUUGACAAGCCUCGGGAAUCGCCUACUCCCGUGGGGGCCAUUGGAACCCCAUGUUAAUAAGAUCAAUCAGCCCAGAGGGAAGCAUCAGGAGCUCUUUCACCAGCUUCUCCCAAGACCAAAAGUUGUUGUUCUCUUUAGUAAUGAUUGGUGAAGUGGCUGAACAGUGGAUAGAGCAGGUGUUAUCUGUAUGCUUGUUUCAAAACCAACUCCACUAAGGGUGAUGUAGUGACGAGGCCUCACAGAGAAGCUUUCUCUUCAGUGCUGAACAGUUACCACAGUGUGUCCAGAAUCCCCUAGAUCCCAAACAUGACCAGAGACGCCACUGCCCUGAGUGUGGGAGAUGCUGAGGAAUGUUCCACUUACAGACCCUCAAGAACUAAGAGACCACAGUGUCUUAGAGGACAUAGUACAAAUUAACCUUUCUCCAUUCAUGUAGUAUCUCACUGUCCUCCUCCAUUCCAACCCCAGAGAUAGCCUCAUCCACAAGAUAAGCAUUGCCCUACCCUAGCCUCAAUAAACCAAUAAACUUGAUAGAGAAAA